ACAUCCAUAAACCGCAAAAGUACAUCCAGUCGAGUCUAUAAAAAGAACGCCUAAACAAUACAAUUACGCAUGCGUCAAGUUUCAUUUCGUUUGCUCGACAUGGCGUUGUUACUGCAGUUCAGCACUGGGACCCGCAACCUUUUAUUUAAGCAGUUGGUGAAACCAACUGUAGCUUCAGUAUCUCAAACUCGUGAUUUUCACUUCAGAAUCCAUGGCCGUAACACUGAUGCUAAACACUCUGCAUCAGCCCAAAUAACCCGCGACUAUCCAGUCAUUGAUCACACAUACGAUGCUGUUGUCGUAGGUGCCGGUGGCUCAGGAUUGAGAGCAGCCUUUGGUUUGGCCAAUGAAGGUUUCAAAACAGCAUGUGUAACCAAACUGUUUCCAACCCGUUCCCACACUGUGGCAGCUCAGGGAGGUAUCAAUGCUGCUCUUGGUAACAUGGAAGAAGAUGACUGGCGUUACCAUUUCUAUGACACAGUGAAAGGAUCAGAUUGGCUUGGAGAUCAAGAUGCUAUCAGCUACAUGUGUGAAGAGGCACCCAAAGCUGUCAUUGAGCUGGAAAACUAUGGUAUGCCUUUCAGUCGUUUGGAAAACGGCAAAAUAUAUCAACGUGCAUUUGGUGGCCAGAGUUUGAAAUAUGGGAAAGGAGGUCAAGCACAUCGCUGUUGUUGUGUUGCUGACAGAACUGGCCAUUCAUUGCUUCAUACUUUAUAUGGAAGGUCCCUUAUGUAUGAGACACAGUACUUUAUUGAAUAUUUUGCACUGGAUUUGAUUAUGGAAGAUGGCGAGUGUCGAGGCGUGAUUGCUCUUUGUCUGGAAGAUGGUUCUAUUCAUCGAAUCCGUGCCAAGAACACAGUCAUUGCAACCGGUGGUUAUGGAAGAACUUAUUUCUCCUGUACAUCGGCCCAUACCUGUACUGGGGAUGGUACUGCAAUGGUCAACAGAGCUGGUCUGUGCAAUGAAGAUUUGGAGUUUAUUCAGUUUCACCCUACUGGUAUUUAUGGUGCUGGCUGCCUCAUCACUGAAGGAUGCCGUGGAGAAGGUGGCUAUCUGAUCAAUGGUGAAGGUGAACGUUUUAUGGAACGCUAUGCUCCAAAUGCCAAAGAUCUUGCUUCUCGUGAUGUCGUAUCUCGUGCCAUGACAAUUGAAAUUCGUGAAGGCAGGGGUGUUGGUCCUGAUAAAGACCAUGUUUAUCUACAGCUUUCUCACUUGCCUGCGGAAGUUCUUCACUCUCGUUUACCAGGAAUCUCUGAAACUGCCAUGAUAUUUGCCGGUGUUGAUGUCACUCGUGAACCUAUUCCUGUCUUACCCACUGUGCAUUACAACAUGGGUGGUGUCCCAACCAACUAUAGGGGACAGGUUAUUACAUACAGACCAGAAACUGGAGAUGUUGUUGUUCCUGGGCUCUACGCAUGUGGAGAAGCCGCUUGCGCAUCUGUCCAUGGAGCUAACCGCCUUGGAGCUAAUUCAUUGCUGGAUCUGGUUGUGUUUGGUAGAGCAUGUGCCAACACCAUAGCUGAAGAGAAUAAACCAGGAGAAACCAUUGGAAAGAUUUCUCAGAAUGCUGGUGAAGCGUCUGUUGCCAAUCUUGACAAACUGCGCCAUGCCAAUGGAAGUAUCUCAACAGCAGACUUGCGUCUGAAGAUGCAAAAGGCCAUGCAGGGUCAUGCUGCAGUAUUCCGAGAAGGUGAUACUCUGAAGAAAGGUUGUGAUGUGAUGGAUGGCAUUUAUACUGAAAUGAAUGAUCUAAAAGUGAGUGAUCGUGGAUUGGUUUGGAAUACAGAUCUCGUUGAGACUUUAGAACUACAAAAUCUCAUGUUAAAUGCUGUGCAGGCUAUCCAUUCUGCCGAAAAUAGGAAAGAAUCUCGUGGGGCUCAUGCCAGGGAGGACUUUAAGGACCGAGUGGAUGAAUACGACUACAGUAAAUCUACUGAAGGACAAGAGAAGAAAUCUGAUCAUUGGAGAAAACAUACCAUCAGUUAUUGUGAUCCUGAAACAGGGAAAGUUGAACUUAUCUACAGACCUGUAAUUGAUGACACACUAAAACCAGAAGACUGUCCAUAUGUCAAGCCAGCAAUUCGUUCUUAUUAAGUUAUUUUCUAGAAAACCUAAGAACCUUAGCGUUGGCCACCUCUUUUAGACGUUACCUGCAGCUGUCACAAAUAUAUUUAUGGUUUCUGGAUAUCUUCAUCCUUUUCUCACAACUGGAAAGAAACUUAUAUAAACAUUCACACACAGAGACACACACGUAUGUUGAUACAUAAAUACAUAUAUACAUACAUACAUACAUAAAUACAUAUAUAAUUAAAUAAAAUAAGCACAUCCACUUUGGAGAACAUUCUGGGUUUACCCAGUCUUGUAUAGAUAUUAAAAUGUUUUUAAAAAAAAAA